CCGUGGCGCGGCGCGCUCGGGCCGCGGGGUCGAUGUGGCGGCCGGGGGGGCGCUCGGCGCGGCCGGCACAGACUAACACGGGUGCUACUCUGAAACCUAUGUAGCUGGGUGACAAACAGUGGGCAGUGACUAACCACAGAUUAUAUUCAGCAAGAAAACACGUCUUGUGCCAGCCAGUCAGCCCGCCUGGACUCUAGGGGAGAUAACAGCAUCCUUGAUAUAUGAGUGACUCAUCCCUUCUUGCAGACUGAAUCUCUCAAGGAUGAAGACACUGUUUGAGGAGAUCAAAGCAUCAAUUAAAAAUAAUCAUGAUCCAGACCGCUCAUUUUGGAGGCCUGUGCUCCCUUGGGGAGGGGUUUUUACUAUCAAAGCUGGCCGUAAAGCUGUAUCUUGCACACCGCUUUAUGUUGAAAUAAAUCUGAAAAAUACUUGCACUAUAGAUGGAUUCUUGAUGUUGUUGUAUGUCAUUCUGCAUGAAAAUGAACACUUCCCCAAGGAGCUCUCCCUUCAUUUAGGUAGAGAGUUUGUGGACUACUUUCUUUACUUAAUGGACACCUAUAAUUUUACAACGGUGAAGCUGCUUUGGAUUUGGGACAAGAUGGAGAAGCGACAGUACAAAUCUGAAGUUCACAAAGCUUCACUGGAAAUAGAUUUAUUUGGAAAUGAGCAUGAUAACUUUACAAAGAAUCUAGAAAGUCUCAUGUCUACCAUUCAAGAGAGCUACUGUUCAAAUUUGAGGUGUCCAACUCGUAUGCAGGAAGAUCCACAGAGAACAAUUAACAUAAAUCCUCCCCAAGAAAUUCCUCAUGGAGACUUGAUUCAGCGGGCAGUAGAUGAAUUAUUCUGUUCCAAGAUAGAGCUGUGUGAACAGUAUGGAUGUAAUGGGUUAAGAGAGUUCACCCAGAGAGUUUUCUGCCAUGGGGCACCGCCUUUUGUUGUUUUAAAUAUGCAGCAAUGGAAGCCAGAAGAACUGGCAUAUGUACCAUAUCAUUUGGAUUUAUCUGAUCACAAGUACUUAUUGGAAGGUGCCACGUUGUUCAAUAAAGAGGAGCAUCAUUAUUCUGCAGCUUUCCAGAUUGAUGGGUAUUGGAUGCACUAUGAUGGCCUCAGAAAUGUCAACUUAAUUUUGUUAAAUAAACCUCCAGAAUUUCUUCUUUUGUCAUCUCUAGUUUAUAUUAGAGCAGCAGAGAAUAAAUGGCAUAUCUAGACUGUGGAGACAAAGUUAAAUCACGUUCCCUUCUCUGCCACCAAAGCUGGCCCAUCCCAAAUGGAGGUCUAUAUUUUAUGUAUACUUGGUAUCCAAGGAAAGAGUAGAACUACAGUAGUUCUGGUAUUGUAUCGUCCAAUGCUUACUCUAGGUAAAAAUUUGAAAUUGGAAACACUAUGCAAUUUUUUAAAACAUUUGAGCUAUUUUUAUACAGGCAAAUUUUUAUGCUAAAAUAAACAGGCAAAAAACCAAGAA